UAGUGUAACCAAGCAACCGGAGCAGAAACAGGGGCACAGGAGUGGCUACACAGGAGACGGACUGUAGCCAGGCUAGCGGCAGACUACUCUGGGGCAGUCCAGGAUGAGAGCGGUAGUCUCCUUGAAGUAAGUCAGAAGAUCUUUUUCCCUGGGGGGGGGAAGAGAGAGAGAGAGAUAAAACUUGGAAGGAGAAUAAUAACUGGCAGAGUGCUCCAGCUGUCAUCAUAACACAGCAGCCUCCAGACCUCCUCACUGUAAUGGCCACCAGUAUAGUGGAUGACACGAGCCUGUCUGGAGUCCUGCUGCUGCUGCUCUGUCUCCUGCUCAUCACGGCCUGGUGCCGCACUAACGCCUCACACAUACCAGGUCCUUUCUUCUGGGCUGGUCUGGGUCCAAUCCUGUCCUACUCUCGGUUCAUCUGGAGUGGGAUAGGAACAGCCUGUAACUACUACAACAAGAGAUAUGGGAGUAUGGUUCGGGUCUGGAUCAACGGAGAAGAGACUCUCAUUCUUAGCAAGUCCUCUGCUGUCUACCAUGUCCUGAAGAGUGCCCACUACACAGCCCGGUUCGCCAGUAAACGAGGACUGCAGUGUAUCGGGAUGGACGGGAGAGGUAUCAUCUUCAACAGUGACAUCCCACUCUGGAAAAAAAUGAGGACAUAUUUUGCGAAAGCUCUGACAGGGCCUGGUCUGCAGCGGACAGUAGGGAUCUGUGUGAGUGCAACAGACAGGCACCUGGAGCGUCUGCAGGAGAUGACUGACCCCUCUGGACACGUAGAUGUUCUCAACCUGCUGAGAUGCAUCGUAGUGGACAUUUCUAACAAACUGUUCCUCAGGGUGCCUCUCAACGAGAAAGAGCUGCUAUUGAAGAUUCAACACUACUUUGACACCUGGCAAACGGUUCUGAUCAAGCCUGAUAUCUUCUUCAAAUGUGGAUGGAUGUACAAGAGGCAUCAACAAGCAGCCAAGGAGCUACAGGACGUGAUGGAAAGCCUUAUCCAAACCAAAAGAAGAAUUAUCAGUGAAGCUGAAAAACUGGAUGAUGAUAUUGACUUCACCUCAGAACUCAUCUUCGCCCAGAACCACGGAGAGCUGUCGGCGGACGACGUGAGACAGUGUGUGUUGGAGAUGGUGAUAGCAGCCCCAGACACUCUGUCCAUCAGUCUGUUCUUCAUGCUCAUGCUGCUGAAGCAGAACCCUGAGGUGGAGAUGAGGAUUGUAGAGGAGAUCAGUACUCUCAUAGGAGAGAAGGAUGUAAUGACAGUUGACUUCCAGAACUUCAGAGUGCUGGAGAGCUUUAUCAAUGAGUCCAUGAGGUUCCAUCCUGUGGUAGACUUCACCAUGAGGAAGGCGCUGGAAGAUGACGUCAUCGAUGGGACCAAGGUUUCCAAGGGAACCAACAUCAUCCUCAACAUAGGGCUCAUGCACAAAACUGAGUUCUUCCCCAAACCCAACGAAUUCAGCUUGGAAAACUUUGAUAAAACUGUGCCCAGUCGUUUCUUCCAGCCGUUCGGCUGUGGCCCCCGCUCCUGUGUGGGUAAACACAUUGCCAUGAUGAUGAUGAAGGCUGUCCUGGUGACGCUGUUGUCGCGGUACACGGUGUGUCCUCGUCAUGGCAACACACUGAGCAGCAUCAGGCAGACAAACAACCUGUCACAGCAACCCGUGGAGGAUGAACACAGUCUGGCAAUGAGGUUCAUACCAAGACAGAUACUGACCACCACUACUGACCACAGCCACUACUGACCACAACCACUAUUGACCACCACCACUACUGACCACCACCACCACUACUGACCACAACCACCACUACUGACCACAACCACCACUACUGACCACAACCACCACUACUGACCACAGCCACUACUGACCACAAUCACCACUACUGACCACAGCCACUACUGACCACAACCACUACUGACCACCACCACCACUACUGACCACCACCACCACCACCACUAAACUGACCACCACCACCACUACUGACCACAACCACCACUACUGACCACAACCACUACUGACCACAACCACCACUACUGACCACAACCACCACUACUGACCACAACCACUACUGACCACAACCACUACUGACCACGACAACCAAUAUAACCUGUCCUGAUCCAAAAACCUGUCACAGCAACCUGUUGAGAAUAAAUAUGAACACAGCCUGACCAUCAGGGUCAUACCCAGAAUGACACAAGCAGCCUCCACUGACCACAACCAGCCUCCACUGACCACAACCAGCCACCACUGACCACAACCAGCCUCCACUGACCACAACCGGUCACCACUAACCACAACCAGCCACCACUGACCACAACCAGCCUCCACUGACCACAACCAGGCACCACUGACCACAACCAGCCACCACUGACCACAACCAGCCACCACUGACCACAACCAGCCACCACUGACCACAACCAGCCACCACUGACCACAACCAGCCUCCACUGACCACAACCGGUCACCGAUAACCACAACCAGCCACCAGCCACCAC